AUGUCUCUGAUCCCCAACAACUUUUCCAUGAAUGGGACAAGUCAAGGGAUGGAAAGCCCCAUUAAGGACCCGACUCCCAAUCGACCAAGACCUUUAACUGUCUUCUUCCUCUGCUUAACGUUUGUGAUGACCAUUACAACGCUAGUGGGAAGCAUUUAUUCCUUAGUUUGUCUGCUAAGAAUGCCCAACAAAACCGUGCUAUCGAUGAUGGUGGCUUCUUGGUCAGUGGAUGACAUGAUCAGUGUCCUGCCCAUGGCCAUCUUCCUGUUCCUGCAGUGGCCGAAAGGCAGUCCCAGGGACUCCCAAGCUCUGUGCGCCACGUCCGCCUUCCUCUACCUGUUCCAGGGCAUCUCCAGCAACCUCAAGGCGUCCGUUAUAGUUUGCUACAACUUUUACACGCUCCACAGAAGUGUAGCGAGCCCCGGAGCGGCCAGCCAGCCCCGCGCUCUGCUCGGAGUCCUGCUCACCAUCUGGGUGGCUAGCCUGCUCAUCUGCACUCACCCGCUCUGGACCCGAGGUGCCUUCGAACGCACGCCUUGGGGGUGCCUGGCAGACCAUAACAGUUCCCUACUGCUCUUUGUAGUCUACUCGCUCAGCUUCUGUGUCCUGGCUGGAUUCUCUGUCCCGCUCACUUACCAGCUGUUGUGCUCCGACCAGCUGCCUGGAAUUCGAGUCAAUUACCAGGAAAUCUCUCGCGGAGGAGGCUUCACGCCGUGCACCCCUCCGUCUGGGGGCAGUGCCCUCCCCACGACCCCCGAGGAUCCCCGAGCCCCAACAGUGCAGUUCUACAGGAGACCAGCGAGCACUCUGAGCUCGGAGGCUACCUAUGGACUGGCUCCACCGGCAGGACUGGAGCCCAGGACAGGGGCUGAGGCAGAGAGCAGAGGCUACAGGCGGCCGGGGAGGGAGACCCGGCGCAUGCAGCGCGGCAGCCGAAGCUUCAGCGUGAGCAUAGCCCAGAAGCGAUUCUCCUUGAUUCUGGCUCUGACCAAGGUCGUCCUUUGGCUUCCAAUGAUGAUCCACACGGUGGCCCGGCACACCCCGGAGUUCCAGAGCCUCCCCUUCGAACUCUUCAGCUUUCUGCUGACGGCCCUGGCGGCCACCGUGACCCCAGUGUUUGUGCUGUCGGAGCGCUGGACUCACCUGCCCUGUGGCUGCAUCAUUAACUGCCCGAGGAACGCAUACGCUGCAGCUUCUGAGGAGAGCAAAACUAAAGGGAAAGGCUUUGAAUUCAACUUGUCAUUCCAACACAGUUAUGGAAUUUAUAAGAUAGCCCAUGAUGAUCAUUAUGAUGAAGAUGAGGAUGAAAACUCCAUAUCAUAUCAUAACUUGAUGGACUAUGAAUGUGAAGGCCUAAGAGACAAGCAGAAAGAUAGCAGCAACUUCCUCCACGCCAUAAAAGUAGAAUUCAGCACUGCAUCUUCUCAGGACAGCUCCAUGCUGCCAGAUAUCAACAAAAGCACAAACACAGUUAACACUGAGACAAAGCAGGACUCUGACAGAGAAAAGAGCAUUGAACAUGUGUUGACUGACAAAGCAGGAGUAUUUGUAACAGAAGACACCAGAAACUUGGAAAAAUCUACCUUUUUGGAAGGGCCAGAAAGAAGGCUUUCCCAUGAGGAGAGUCACAAACCAGAACUUUCAGACUGGGAGUGGUGCAGAAGCAAAUCUGAAAGGACUCCUCGUCAGCGAUCUGGUGGUGCUCUUGCCAUUCCACUAUGUGCAUUUCAAGGGACUGUGUCUCUCCAUGCCCCCACAGGGAAGACUCUGUCUCUCUCCACCUAUGAGGUGAGUGCAGAAGGGCAAAAAAUCACCCCAGCAGCCAAGAAAAUCGAAGUCUAUCGAUCCAAGAGCGUGGGUCACGAGCCAAACAAAGAGGAUUCACCCACCACUUUCCCAGACACCAGUGUCAAGAUCCACUUGGAAGUGUUGGAAAUCUGUGACAAUGAGGAAGCCAUGGACACCGUGUCUAUCAUCAGCAACAUCAGCCAGUCCUCGACCCAAGUCCGGUCUCCUUCUCUACGCUAUUCCCGGAAAGAAAAUCGGUUCGUUUCCUGUGAUUUGGGAGAGACCGCCUCUUACUCCCUCUUCAUCCCCACAAACAAUCCUGACAGCGACAUCAAUAUAUCCAUUCCAGACACAGUGGAGGCACACAGACAGAACAGUCAAAAGCAACAUCUGGAGAGAGAUGGCUAUCAGGAAGAAAUACAGCUGUUAAAUAAAGCUUACAGGAAAAGGGAGGAAGAGGGCAGUGGAAGCUAA